AUGACUGACCAUGGAGUAUCGCCGGCUCUUCAAGCGGCCACAAACAUCGCGCAGCAACCGACUAAUAAGGAGGAAGAGGUGAACAGAGACGACAUCGUGCAAUUGAUCAUCGAUCUGCGCGAUCCAAAGCGCCGCGAAGAAGUGCUUUUGGAGCUGAGCAAGAAACGUGAUGCGAUUCCCGAGUUGCCCAUCUGGCUGUGGCACUCGUUUGGGACGAUGGCUUGCCUCCUGCAAGAGGUAAUUUCAAUCUAUCCAUGCAUCAUGCCACCCACUCUCACCGCCGCUCAAUCGAAUCGAACGUGUAACGCUCUCGCUUUGAUGCAAUGCGUCGCAAGUCAUAAGGAAACUCGGGGACCAUUCCUUGCGGCUCACAUCCCCUUGUUUCUCUACCCAUUCCUGCACACAACAAAGACGUCUCGUCCAUUUGAAUAUCUUCGUCUCACUUCGCUUGGUGUGAUCGGUGCACUUGUGAAAACCGAUGAAAAAGAAGUAAUUCAAUUUUUGCUGUCGACGGAGAUCAUUCCACUCUGUUUGCGCAUUAUGGAACAGGGAACCGAGCUUAGCAAGACGGUCGCCACCUUCAUUCUUCAGAAAAUUCUAUUGGAUGAUACGGGUUUGGCUUAUAUUUGUCAAACCUAUGAAAGAUUCUCACAUGUGGCAAUGAUUCUGGGAAAGAUGGUGCUCAAAUUGGCCAAAGAAGCGUCGCCUCGACUGCUGAAACACGUGGUGCGCUGCUACUCACGGCUUUCGGACAAUCCAAGAGCUCGUCAAGCUUUGCGACAAUGUCUUCCUGAUCAAUUGCGUGAUGACACCUUCAAGAUAAGCUUGGAUGAAGAUCGUUCGACAAAACAUUGGCUCAACAUGCUUCUCCGCAAUCUAAACUACCCUCCACUGUCCGACGAC